AUGGAGUCGAAAGAGCUGAAAGAAAAACAAACCUCCCUCGAUGUCGAGCGACUUCACACCGAGGGCCUCAUUGGGCAGAUACAGCUCAAGGGACUCAACUUGCAAGCCGAAGGAGCACGGCAAAUGACAAAUUUGCAGACCAUCUCUGCUAGCUGGGUCAUCUGUGAUAGUUGGGCAGGCGUGGCCGGAACUAUUGCCCUCGCUAUCUCCCAAGGAGGGCCUAUCACUCUCAUAUAUGGACCGAUCUUGAUGUUAUUUCUCGUCGGUGCUUGUGCUCUCACAUUAGCUGAGCUAGCAAGCGUAUAUCCUACGGCCGGCGGGCAGUAUCACUGGACGUCUAUUCUGGCCCCUAAGAGUAUCAAUCGAUCGUUGAGUUACUGUUGCGGUAUGACAAACGUGUUUUCCUGGAUUGCCAUCUGCACAGGGAUCGCUAUUAUUCCUGCCCAGCUGAUUGUGGGAAUUGCCCUAUUCUACAAUCCGAGCUACACCCCGCAGCCGUGGCACUAUUUCCUCAUAUAUCAAACCAUAAACGGAUGUGUUCUACUUUACAACAUUACAUUGUUGAAGCGAUCGCUCUGGAUUCACGACCUAUCUUUCUUUAUCACACUCGCUACCUUUCUUGUGAUUACCAUCACUUGUGUGUCUCGCUCAUCUUCUCACUAUGAGUCUUCGAGAAGUGUCUGGGCGACUUUCAUCAAUGAUAGUGGUUGGAGCUCUGGUGGCGUCGCUUUUCUCACUGGGCUGGUCACACCGAACUACAUGUACGCCGGUAUUGAUGGAGCCUUGCACUUGGCCGAAGAGUGCGUUAAUGCAAGCGUUGUGGUCCCUCGAGCUCUAAUGAGCACUUUGAUCAUCGGAUUCGUUACAUCAUUCUGUUUUGUUAUUGCCAUGCUAUACUGUACCAGUGAUUUAGCCACGAUCGCUACCUCAAACACCGGUGUUCCGAUCUAUGAGAUGUGGUACGAAGCCACUAGGUCUCAAACGGCUGCUACAGUCUUCGUCGUGCUGCUCUGCUGCGCUGCUGUUUUCGCACUCAUCGGUGCCCAGCAAACUGCCUCUCGUCUUACUUGGUCACUGGCUAGAGACCGAGCCAUCAUCGGGAGUCAAUGGCUGAGUGAAAUUCACCCAGUGCUUGAAGUGCCCGUGUGGAGUCUUCUUUUCAAUUUCGUCGUGAUGUUCAUUAUUGGCUGCAUUUAUCUUGGAUCUAGUUCAGCAUUUAAUGCCUUCAUUGGCUCCGGGCUGGUGCUGCAGCAUAUCUCAUACGCAUUCCCAGCUGCACUGCUAAUGUACAGGAAGAGAUCCGAAGAGUGGCUUCCCGCCUCUCGGUCAUUCCGAUUGCCCAAUCUGGCUGGAUGGACAGUGAAUGUUAUCACUAUCGGAUUCGCCUUGUUGGUCCUGGUUUUCUAUGACUUGCCGACUGUGUUGCCAGUGACCGGAAGCAACAUGAAUUAUACCUCCGCGGUACUCGGUGUCAUGGCCAUAUUUGGCGGGUUGAACUGGGUGAUUCAUGCUCGGAAGAAAUACGAUGGCCCCCGUCUGGGUCACUCUGGGGAGUGA